GUGGUCACCUUUAAAAGCUGGCAGCUCCUCUCGUGGGGUCGGAGGUUUGGCAGCCAACAAGCCACAAAAACAACUUUUCUUCGGUUUUCCCUCGUUAGCAAUUUUCUUCCUCUCUUCAUCCUCUCUUCCUUUCAGCAUUUGAAGACGUUUGCUGGUUUGGUGCCACACUUCCUGCGGGCAGCUGGUGACGCUCCAAGACAUCCUGACGUGUGGUCGCCAUGACGCUGAAGGCAGCACUUCCUAAGUAUGAGCUCUUCUUCUACUACACCGUGCUGGUCUUGGCCCUGUCCUGGUCCACCUGCUGGGUCUUCCACGUGUCCGCCUCAAACGCCAACAGAAAAAGCUUAAAGUCCAAAGUGAAGCCAGGAUGGAACAUUUUUGGCAGGAAAAUGGACACGGGGGAUUCGGAGUGGGCCAUGUGGUUUUGGACUUUGCGGGCCCACAUCCUGUUUGCUCUGUCGGGACACGUGCUCCAUGACCAAAUAUGCAACAUUCUUUCACCAAAAAUGUUGAAAUACAGGUCCCUUGUCCACAUGGUCUACGGGGUCCUGGCCGUGUGGACCAGCAUGGGCUGGACCUACGUCAGCCUGAUCCUGUCCCACUGCGUCCUGCUCUACAGCGUCUCCCUGGUGAAGACCCGCUGGCUCUGCUUCCUCACCGGACUCUGCACGCUGGCCACCUUCAGGUGUGAGCCCUUCCUGUCCUGGCAGGCGGGCAUUGUGGCGGGCGACUUCCCCCUGCGCCACGUCCUGUUUUACGCCGGCUGCGGCUUCACCAUCAUGCGUUGCACGAGCUUCGCCCUGGAGAACUGCGAGCGCAAGGACGGCAACUUCAGCAUCCUGGAGCUGCUCAAGUACAACUUCUACUUGCCCUUCUUCUACUUCGGCCCCGUCAUGACCUUUGACCGCUUCUACCUGCAGGCCAACAAGUCCGAGGUGAGCAGGAAGGAGCGUGAGCUGUGGAACAUCAACAUGCAGGCUGGGACCCACCUGGCCCUGGUCCUCCUGGUGGACUUCCUCUUCCACUUCAUGUACGUCCUCAGCAUCCCCGGCGACCUGAAGCUGCUCAAGCACCUCUCCGACUGGGCUCUGGUGGGCGUGGCCUACUUCAACCUGCUCUAUGAUUGGGUGAAGGCGGCGGUCAUGUUCGGAGUCAUCAACACCGUGUGCAGACUGGACCACCUGGACCCGCCCAAGCCUCCCAAGUGCAUCACCAUGCUUUACGUCUUUGCCGAAACGCACUUCGACCGGGGGAUCAACGAGUGGUUGUGCAAGUACGUGUACAAUCGCCUGGGGGGCAAACACGACGGCGUGCUGGAGGAGUUGCUGGCCUCGCUGUGCACCUACGCCGUCACCGUCCUCUGGCUGGGACCCAGCAAGGUGGUCCUCAUCUGGGCCUUCUUCAACUGCGUCGGACUCAACUUUGAGAUGUGGGCCGCCAAGUUGUUCUCCGCGGAGCCUCUGCUGUCUUUUGAGAUGGCGAUGUCCGAGGCCAUGUGCCGCCGCGUCAGAGCCGUCUUCAACAUCUUCAACUUCUGGACCAUCGUUCUGUACAACACGCUGGCUCUCAACAGUCUGGACUUUGCCCAGCUGGUCGCCAAGCGGCUGCUGCUCAAAGGUUUCCCCUUCACCACCAUCACGGUCAUGUUCGUCACUUACUGCCUCAUUCAAGUCAUCAAGGAGCAGGAGAGGCGGCAGGCCCUCGUGGACGAUCCCGAUCCGCUGCCGCCCCCUGCGGCUGAAAGUCCGGCCUCAGCGGCGCAAGCCCUCGCUGAUCCCAGCAAGAAGAAAGCCGAGUAGAUGACAUCAUCAGAACAUGGUGACCAUCCUAGCAGGGAAUAACAGUUCCAUAUUUAAAUGAGCUGCAAGGAAUUUGGGGUUAAGUAAGAAAUAGACAAUAAAAAGACAUUUCUUACCUUGA